GAGAGGCAGACACUCCGCGCUCGGCGCAGCACCAAGCAAGCAAAUUCCUGCACGCCGGCCCAGGUUCAGUCGUCAGGAUGAGCGCUGCCAUCGGGGCGCCGACGCUGUCCUUAGAGAAGGAGAUGCAGCGCAUCGAACACAAGCGGGCCCGCAAUGUCGCCCGCACCGCUCGUUACCUGGAUGCUCGGUUGCGCACCAUCGGACUCGACACCGACGCUCUAGACCAGCAGAUGAGAGAACAACGCGAACGGAAGGAGCGGGAAAGGAUGGCCUUGAAGGAAGAGUUCGACCGCAACGAGAACGUGUACAAGCAUGUGGCGGCGCAAGAGGCCGAGGAGAGGCGGCUCAGGGACCAAGAGCUGGAGAGGAUGAGGCUGGAAUGGCUCGAACAAAUGAAGUUCAAGUACGACAAGGAGCAGAGGGAGAAGGACAUGAUUCACGCGGGGGUAGACUUCGACAAGUGCGGGCCGUCCGCGGUGCAGACCAUGGACGGAGAGGACCCCGACAGGCUCAACCGGACCGCUCAGCAACAGGCACAGAUGCGCGCGUGGUCAACCCAGCUGGCGAACGAGCGGCUGGAGAGGGAGAAGCUCGCGGACCAGGAAAUGGCCGACUACUGGGCCUACCUAGAGAGGGUCAGCCAGAGACAGGGAGAGCUAAGCGACGAGGAGGAGGCUGCGAGGAAGGCUCUCAGCCUCCAGAUCAAGGACGAAAACCGACGCCGAGCGUUGGAGCGGGCAGAGGAGAUGGCCAGGCAGAAGGAUCUCGAGGACCAAGCCAACGCCGACGAGAUUCGCUACAGGAACGAGUUUCUGAGGGAAGAUGAGGGCGAGGGCAGCUCCACCAACAACGUUUUCAAGGGGCUGUCUCGGAAGCAGAAGGCUGAACUCCACCAGAGUAACGCGGACAUGCGUGCGGCGCGGUUGCGGAAGGCGGAGCAGGAGAGGGAAGAGGAGGCCGCUUGGUUCAUGCAGCAGGAGAAGAUGCGAGUGGCGAUGGAGCAAGCGGACCGAGAAGAACGCAAAAGGGUCAAAGAACUUGAAGAGGAAAGGCUCCGAGAGCUUCGGGAGCAGCAGCUCGACCUGCAGCAGCGCAACAUGAGGGAGAGGAAUUCUCGCUUCGGGGGUAUCGACUACACCCACGGCAUCUACGCGGGCUUCGGCAAGUCUUGCCGCUGACAAAACGACAACGGCGAAAAACACCGGUCCGAACGAACGAUCUGCCGGUCCCUUCGCGUGAACAAGGAGACUCGUCGUUAAUGCUAUGGUGUGGGCUUAUGGCAGNCCCCCCCCCCCCGGAUUUGUUUCCCAUCAUUCGAGCCCCCAAAGCAGAUUGCGGCAGAAACGGGGAUGGGCUUUGUGCUCGCGCGUGUGGGUAGUUUGCCCCCUUUCUCGACUGCAGGUGUACACGGGAUUUGACAGUUUAUCGUAGGUUCUACGACGAUCGCUGGCCGAUUUUCCGAAUUACGCCUGCAGACGACGAGGCACUUGAACUGCUUCAAGAGGAUAUAUGCCGAUCUGUUGUCGUUGUCGUACCGACUUGCGGUGCUGCUCNGGGGGGGGGGGGGGGGGGGGGGGGGGGGGGGGGGGGGGGGGGGGGGGGGGGGGGGGGGGGGGGGGGGCUGACGUGGGCCGUGUCUUUGUUGUACGCUGUGCGUUGCGCGUUGGGGUGCACCUUUUUUACGCCAAGAGCACCAAAAGAAAAUGCAGCGGUGUGAGUAGGGGGGGGAGGGGGGCGAAAGGAGUGGCGCCCCAGUGAGCAGCGACUGUCGUUGUAGAAAAGGCGUCAAGCAAGUGGACCCAGGGUCAUCUGUGGGAGAAGUAUCAUGUAGAAAUUCAUGUAGAAAUAUUCAAGUACAAAAUGCUGUUCGAUUUUCGAUUUUGAAGCCUUGGUGCUGAACGAGGUGUACUGCUGUACAACCGAACCGAAUAGCUACCGUAUUUAUGGCCAUCGUAAAAUGACGACGAUCAGGCAGGGCGUCACUAUACAAUAGGAACAACUCUUGU